UCAAAGUAGUAUGAUACCAGUUCAGUCUACAAUUACAAAUGAUUUCUCUACAACAAAUUCUGAAUGUGAAAGAUUUAUUACAUCUGACAUGAAAACCGAACCAUAUAAUAUAACACCACCGACCCAAAACUCCACAAUCUCCAGAAACUCAAUGAUGAACAGCUUACCCAGUCGUCGAGGUAGACGGUCAACAAUACCACUGGAAAUCCGUGAUGAAGUUCGUCGGUUAAAGAAACGAAACACAGAACGACAACGUCGUGCUUGCAUUUCAGAUAAAAUGAAUGCAUUGCAUAAUUUAGCUAUGAAAUUAAUUGGAGAAGAUCCAUCAAAACACUCCAAAAUGGAGAAGAAUGAUAUACUCGGGAUCUGUUAUAUGAUAUUUGAAGGAAUCGCUAAAAUUCUGAAGGACAGACCUGAAUUACUAUCCCGUUUACAUAAACUUACUUCAACUUCACAAGAAACAAAUAAUAUUUCAUCAAUUUCUUCUAGUUCAAAUUCAAUGAAUAUCAAAUCGAAUCAUUUAAAUUCAUUAUCACAAUGUUUACAUAAAAUUGAACAAAAUUCUAUUGAAAUAAAUCCAUUAAAUUAUUCUAAUUAUUCUUCAAUUCAUUUAGAUAAUGAAGAAAUAAUAAAAUAUUCUAAUAUAAAUCAUUCUAUACCAUUUACUUGUUUAAAUAUUUUAAAUGAAUCUAAUUCUAAUACAACAAUUAAACAUCAUACAUUUCGAUUACCAUUAAAAUAUCGUUGGUGUAAAUUAAAAAAUCAAAAUAUCACAUAUAAUUAUCAUCAUCAUCAUCCAGUAAUUAAAUCACAAAAUGAUGUAAUCAUGAAACAAUGGAAUAAUUAUGUAAUGAAUAAUGAAAAAGAAAAUAUAUCACAUUAUAUUAAACAAGAAAAUGUAUGGAGACCAUAUUUAAAUUAGAUUCAUUCUUUUUUUUUGAAUUUUUCUUUAUUUUGUUGUUGUUUUUGGAGUUCUUUUACAUCUUCCUUUAUUUUUAAUUCUUUGUUGCUGAACAGAUUAUUUAUUUAUUUAUUCAGAUAUACUAACUGAUUUGGUUUAAUGAUAAAUGAAUUCAAUAGACUUAUUGUACAGAUUUCAAAAGAUAAAGAAAGUUAAUUCAGUUUUAUUGUUAUUUAUCAGAUUUAUAAUUAUAUUAUUGUUAUAAAAAUGAGAAAUGUAUAUAAAUACAACAGUAACUAUUGUUAUACUAAUACGAUUACUGGUACUCCUAAAGAAUAUAAUAUUAGUCUUCAAAACAAUGUUCUAGUUGGGUGGAAUAAUGGAGUAGACGAGAUUGAAGUUAGACUUAAGGUGUCAUACUACAAUGUGUCUCGAUUUGUGAUACUUGUUUGGUUAUGAAUAGGCUAGAGGAAGGUUAAGGGUGGACAAAUCAGAACAUAAUAUCAAUUCAUAUAAAUAUUGAG